CACUCGAUUGCCAGUAGCCACAUGAGGCGCAACUAAACCGGACUGGAACACAACUCAAACACCAAACAAAAGCGAGAGAGAGAAAGAGAGACAGAGUGAGAGAGAGAGAGAGAGACUUUGACUAGUGGACGCUCCAAUUGACACGCAAAGUGACGUCACGCUGCGAUAGUAGUUGUAGUAGUAAUAGUAAAAGUGAAAGUCUAGACGAGAAACACAAAACCGGAAUCAAAAUGUCAUCGGCAUUGACAAAUCUGUUGCAAACGCUGCGCCUUGGACCUCUGACCCCGUCCAUCAAAUCGAAGCCGGGCUCGGAUCUGAUUAUGAUCGAGAAAACCAAAGCGAAACUGGAAGUGAAAUUGGUGCCGGAAAUCACAUUGGAGGAGGUGGCACAUCACGACAGCUAUGACGAUUGCUGGAUUGUGAUCUAUGAUCGGGUCUACGAUGUGACACACUUCCUGCGCGAACAUCCUGGCGGCGACGAUGUCAUCAUGGAUCAUGCCGGACGAGAUGCGACAAUUGCAUUCCAUGGCACCGGCCACUCCCGUCAUGCAGUCGAGCAAAUGCGUCAAUUCCUCAUCGGUGAACUGCCCGCCGCACAGCGCAUCUUUCGCACCAGCAAGCACCGGAUCCUCUCCUCGGGCAUACCAGAGUGAUGUGAUGUGAUGUGAUCUGAUGUGAUGUGAAACAACAACUAAAUACUUCCUAACUGAAUUGUCAGCCGUCCGAAUUUCUUCCUUUUAUUUGUUUUGUGUUUAUUUAUUUUGCAUUCUGUGUAAUACCAUAUUAUUUAGCUUUUACUCUUUAAUCUGUGUUUUUCACGUUCAACUAAAUAUAGUAUAAUAUUUGCAUAAGCAUUUUAUAGACUUGCUACACAGA